AUGUCUGAAGCCACCUUUACUACAGAGAGCACCGUCGCUCCCGCGGCAACCGGGAACCUGGUCGACCUCCACUGCUGUGUGUUUGGUGUUGGCUAUGGCGUUUCCACUCUCCUUGUUCUUUUGCGGCUUUACGACAAGCACCGUGUCCAUCGUCUCGGGCUAGACGACAUGUGGGUGAUAUUUUCCUGGGUUGCUUCCAUAGCGACAAUCAUUCAUAAGGACCUCCGCGGAGGUCAAUGGCCCAAGGACCAGAUUGUCGCAUCUGGAAGCCAGGAUGCCAUCCAUAUACACCUGCUCAACUGCCCGGAGCUCUCCAUUAAGUUCUCAUACGCGCCCCUAUUGCGACUCGAGGGAUGA